AACGCUAAUUUGAAUUACAAUUACCUUGUUGAAGUUCUAAGUUACAAAAUAAAAGAUAAACUGCUUAGUUUUUUCAUGAAAACAACACCUGGCAAGGUAAUCAUCAUUAUGCUGUUUUUGGAAGCAAUUUGAAGGUUUUGUUUUUUAAUGCCAAUUGCGAGGUGGCGGGAAGCCGCUCGCAAGUAUCAAGUGAGUAGAACGUAUUAGUUUCCUGUAUCCAGCUAUUAUUUUGAAAAGUUUUCGGAAGUGACAGGGUGCCGCCUCCAUCCUGGUUUGACGGUGCUGAAACAAAUGCGUUCAACCGCUCUCCACCUGACGCAGAGCUCAGUUGCAAAGAACGUGCGUUCUGAUGUUUGUCAGCGGGUGUCUUUAUUUUUUACAGUAUUUAUUGGUAAACAGCUGGAAUAAUGUUUUCAUUAAACUACGUCAAGGUUUUUAUUUUCUAUCUUGACUUCUGUCUACUUGAAUGUUCCGGGGAUGUGACCGCGUUGCAUGAAGAUACCUGGGAUUUUCAGCGAGCAGAAAAAGUGGACUUAUUGCAGCUUUUUUCUCAUUUUCCUGCCACCAACAACAUCUCCAUGUCACUGGACAGUCUGAGUUGCCCAUAUUUUCAAAUCGGCCAAUACGGCACUUUGAUGAUGUCAACAUGGCAGGCAUUUGGACCAAGGUUUUCCGAUGAGUUCAGCCUGCUGAUGGAGCUGCAAAGCUCUCAGAGGGAGGAGAGCAGCGUUUUGACUUUGGUAAACUCUCAGCACCACAUCCAACUGCAACUCCGCCUCAGCUUGUCUUCACUCACCUUCAUCUCCACACAACAGAGAGAAUAUGAGAUCACUGUCAGAUCUCUACGGGACAGUCAGUGGCACCAGCUGGCACUCAGUGUCUCCCCCCUCUGGCUGGAGGUAUAUGUGGACUGUACUCUGGUGGAAAGGUUGAACUGGGCCUACCCCUGGCAGCCCAUCUCCACUGAUGGCAUGCUGAUGGUCGGGGGCAGCAUAGAAAGAACAGAGACACCUUUUGAUGGUGCUCUUAGGCAAUUAACCUUUGUUAUGGGGGAUCCAGACGCCGCCAGAGACCAGUGUAAUCUCCGCCAGUCUGCCUGCGACCUAUCAGCCUCCAAUGCUUUCUUGGAUCCUCCUCCAGAAUCCAUAGACAAAAUAAUUCUCAAUCAAAGUCAUGAUGUUUUCCACGUUGACGAACCUCAUUCUCCGUUUGGAACUAAUAGGAAGGACAAAAGACUUGGCAACACUGAAUCUUCAAACUUCCAGACAACUUAUGAAAAUAUCAAUGAAAAAAACACGGGAGAAAGAAGAAUGUAUCCUGUAUUUGACCUGACCUCUCCUGAUUCACAAAUGUCUGAGGUGAAGUCAAACAGUGUCACACUAUUGAUGUACAAAAACAUGGAAGAAGAAGUUCUGCAGCACAAGGAGUCACUGCAUACUAUCCCUGUGACUGGAACAGGAACUAAACUAUAUGGACUAGACCAGAGGGAUUACAGAAUCCACAGAGGUCCUCCAGGCCCAGAAGGACCACAGGGGAGAAGAGGAUGUCCUGGAAGAGAAGGGCUUUUUGGAUUAAAAGGUGAUAAGGGAUCUCAAGGUAUUCCAGGCUUAGAUGGUAGAAGAGGUGAUCCAGGACAUCUAGGUCCUCCAGGACUUCCCACACUUUACUUAUGGAGUAACACAGAAGAUGACUGGAUCACUUUCAGGAAAUCAACAUUGUUUCAAACACUUAGAGCUGGUUGGCCAGUAAAGCGUGGACCACCUGGAACCAUGGGUCAAAUGGGAAAACCUGGUCCUUUAGGCCUACCAGGAGACCCAGGAAUCACAGGAGUUUCUGGUGUCAGAGGGGAUGUGGGUGUACCAGGGCCACAAGGUUUUCCUGGCAAGAAAGGGAACUGGGGCAAAGAUGGAGUCCGAGGUUUAGAUGGACACUUUGGUCCACCAGGACUUCCAGGAAUCCAGGGUCCCAGGGGUUUUAAAGGAGAUGGGGGUUUUCCAGGGGAGAAAGGAGAUGAGGGUAUUCCUGGUGAGCCUGGACCAAGCGGAGACAGGGGAAGAAUGGGGAUAAAGGGAUCUAAAGGAGAACCAGGAGAAGAGGGACCUGUGGGGCCAUCUGGUCCUGUUGGUGACAGAGGCCCAGGUGGACUGCCUGGAGCUCCAGGACUACAGGGUAAUUCUGGACAGGAUGGAAUGAAAGGUCCUCCAGGUCCAGUGGGUGCACCAGGAGCUACAGGUGGGAUAGGACCACCUGGACAGAAUGGGUCUGAGGGUGAUCCUGGUCCAACUGGUUUCAAAGGGCUUAUUGGUCCUCAAGGACCACUAGGUUUUCCAGGAGAGAUGGGCUCACCUGGACCCAGGGGCACCCAGGGUCAACCAGGCAAUGACGGCCCUAUUGGUCCAAAAGGGAAUUUAGGUGACAUUGGACCAAUUGGAAAAAAAGGAUUUCCUGGUAUUGAAGGUCCAAUGGGUAUGCCUGGAAGUCCUGGUUCAAAAGGAUAUGCAGGAGCAACAGGCUUUCAGGGGCAGGAUGGUGACCAAGGAGAUCCUGGACCCAAAGGAGACACAGGCCCACGAGGUGCUCCAGGAAUUCAAGGUCCUCAAGGAGAGAGAGGAGAACGAGGCACCCUAGGCCUUUCAGGGGUCAGAGGUCAACCUGGGCCAAGAGGAAAACAGGGUGAAGAUGGGGAGGCUGGUCUCCAGGGAGAGAUUGGGGAACUAGGGCCAAAGGGCAACAGAGGCAGUCCAGGGCAAGGUGGGAAGACAGGACACAAAGGACAAAGGGGUCGUUCAGGACACCCUGGUACAUUUGGUCUCCCAGGAAUCCCAGGUUACAGAGGUCGAGUAGGGACUGAGGGCCCAGAAGGAAAGCCUGGUACACAGGGUGUUAUUGGAUCCGUUGGCUCUCCUGGUCCUAAAGGAGACAAAGGAUAUCGAGGUGCAGCUGGAGAACCAGGGCCACCAGGUCAUCCAGGAGCCACAGCUUCAGGAAAGCCUGGGGGAAAUGGACACUCUGGCCCACCAGGGGAGAGAGGCUUCACAGGAAAACCAGGAAUGGGUGGCCCUCAGGGUCUGGUGGGCAUGCACGGUUACCCUGGAGCUGUGGGUCAGGCUGGGAUGCCAGGUCACAUGGGACAAAGGGGUGAUGCUGGUGUCAGAGGACCCCCUGGCCACCGUGGAGAACCUGGAGCUCCAGGUCUGAGAGGUGUUCCAGGUGAAAGAGGUCCUCCGGGACCUCAGGGCCCCCAAGGAGACUUUGGGCCUAAAGGUGUUUGGGGGCUGACAGGCCCACCAGGCAAGACUGGACCACAGGGCAGCACUGGGAUACCUGGUCCUACAGGGAGUCAAGGGCCACCAGGGCCAAUAGGGUCACCUGGACCCACAGGGUUUCCAGGUAGGACAGGAGUCUUUGGAAUUAUGGGAGAGGCAGGAGAAAAGGGAGAACAGGGAGCCAUUGGUCCUGCUGGUCAUACUGGUGCUCCAGGUCUGGAGGGGCUGCAGGGUCUUCAAGGAGCAACUGGAGAACAAGGCACUCCUGGAACUAAAGGUGAAAAGGGAGAUCCAGGUCCACCAGGUCAACCAGGACCUAAGAGAUUAAAGGGUGAACGAGGACCUCGGGGCUCACAGGGGCCACAGGGUGAACCUGGCCAGAGGGGCAAAGAGGGAGAUGUUGGACAACCUGGUGCAGUAGGCGCUUCAGGUGCUAAAGGAGAAAAGGGACAUUUGGGAAAUGAUGGUCCAAAAGGGUCUGCAGGUCCCACAGGAGCCUCUGGCACCAAAGGCCUAAGAGGGGCCAAAGGAUGGAAGGGUUAUGGGGGCUUCAUGGGUGCUGCUGGUCUAAUGGGAAGGGUUGGACCAAUGGGCUUACUGGGACUGCAGGGGAUUUCAGGUAUUUUUGGGAUUGAAGGAGAACCUGGUAAACCAGGACAAAAGGGAGAUGUUGGUCCACCUGGUGUGAUGGGAGAAACUGGAACUCCAGGUCCUCAGGGAUUGAUAGGACGCCCAGGAGUGAAAGGUGACACUGGAUAUCCAGGAGGACUGGUG